AUGCACUCGGUGACAAUGGAUGUGGAUGCCUUGCAAGGCAUGCUAGAACAAAUGAAUCUCAAAGCUCCGCAUUGGAGUGCCGAUUUGGACACCUCAACACGAUUGUAUCACUCAGCUAGUUCGAAGCCGUCGUCCAAUCCUGCCUUUUUCGUCCCUGCAUACCAAUGGCUGCUUGACAACUUACACAAUCCAUAUCCUUCCAAAGAGGUGAAACAAUGGCUCGCACGGAACUCCGGCGUACCGAUACGAUCCGUGGACAUCUGGUUCAUCAACGUGCGACAACGAAUCGGCUGGACCGCCGUGUCCCAGAAGUUCUGUCAUGGACGCCACGCGGACAUGCUCGAGGUUGCGCAUCGUGCGUAUCGAGGGGGCGACCUGAGCUUGUUGUCUCUAAAUCGAACCGUGUUUGCGGCGUUUGUGGAAAUGCAGUCUACCGCAGUCAAAUUAUACCUUGAGAAGCUCGCAGAUUGCGAUAUUCUACCUAGCAGUGCGACUUAUCAAAUUGCAAAACUUCGCGAGUCUGCUCUGCUCACGGCAACAGGAUAUCAGGAUUCAGCGAAUAGUCCGAUACAUGAGCGCCAUGCACCGUCUGUUCACUCCUACCAGAGUCAAGAGAUGCCCAAUGAUCAUGGGACGCCGUUAUCCUCUCAGGAUGUGAAGCUCAUGAUGCCUUUUAACGAAAAGAACGAUUCUUCGGUCAUCGUUGAUUACAUCGCACAAGCUGAUGGCAGUGGAGCAACUACCCUGCAAGCAGACAAAGCUGAACUUUCGCUCGACGUACCCCUUCAUGCGAUUCCGUCCCCUCACCUUCGCAAGAGACGACUAUCAAUGUCCGAGUCACAUGUCAUUUCCAAGCAACCCCGGCUCGCCUUCGCUCUCUGACUUCAGGUCAACCACAUAUCAGCUCACCUUACUCCAUGGGACAGUUUGAGUUGCUUGUGAUAAUCGCUAUUUGAUUUACCUGCUUGGUUUUCUUUGUGGAUGACAGUGCUCCCUACUGCGCUCAUGCCUUGUAAUAACUCUCCGG